AUGGCGAGUGCAACUAAUAAGCCGGCGCCCACGUCAGAAUCCGCCACCCUUGGCCCGGACCAUAGUGCCACCUAUCUAGCACCAUUUAGCAUCGUUAUAGCCAUCGUUAUUAUCAGCACAGUGGCCCGUAUUUAUUGCCGUAUUUAUCCCCGAUGGCGUCUCGCUUGGGAUGACUAUACGUUGAUUUUUGCUUUUGCUCUCACAACUACUUGGUACUCUUUGAUGGUCUUGGAGUAUAGCAAGUACGGUCGGGCUAUUGAGAAAUACACCCAAGACUCCUCUAUUGUUGGGCCGAUCGAAGCCGCGAUGGGCCUCAUAUUUUUCUGGGCGCUAAACGUUAUACGCAUCUCCAUGUGCUUGAUGCUGCUCCGCCUCAAGGACGAGAGAGCGUGGAGGUGGGCCUUACGAAGCCUUAUCGUCCUCCAAGUGUGUCUCAUCAUCGUCGCCACGUGUGUACAGAUGGCUCUCUGUCGGCCUCUAUCUGGCUUGUGGGCUCCGACUCCCGAUACCCGGUGUAUCCCGGUGGAAGGUUUUAGACGCUAUUGGAUUACGCAUUACUCCUUUCAUAUCUUCUGUGAUUUCGUCAUCUCCCUUAUGCCCCUUACGUUUAUUUACGCGAUGCAUCGGUCUCCGCUUGAAAAGAUACUCCUUUGCGGUUUAAUGGGUGCCGGUCUAGCAGCGACAGCAGCAGCCCUUGUAUUUCUCAUUAUCCUCGUCAAAUGCUUUGGAGUCUGUAGGGAUGCCUUGUUUAACAUUCGCCUAGACACCUGUACCUCCCUACAGCUGUUCUUGGGCGUCAUCGCUGCUAAUCUGCCUUGCCUCAAGGCGCCGCUUCAUCAUAUUCUGAUCCAAAGGGGCAUUGUUCGGCCGGCGAAGCACCCCUCUGCCGGUGGCUCUCCCGAAAGCUUCCUGGGCAGGAUGACCCACGGGAGCCACGUUAUGGAACAGUUGCACGACCUCUCGCGGGAAAGUUGCACGACUUCUCGUGUCGAGCUAAGAGACAACAAGAAGGCAUCCCACGCAGUCACUAAGCCCAGUCUCGACUAG